CCGCUGGACCCCGAGGAGGUGGUGAAGAUGCUCAAGGCCAACGGGAUCAUGAAGGUGAAGCUGUUCGACGCGGACCCCUGGCCCGUCGGCGCGCUCCUCGACUCCGGCAUCGAGGUCAUGCUCGGCAUCCCCAACGACAUGCUGGAGGCAAUGACCAGCUACGGCAACGCCGAGGACUGGGUGUCGGAGGCCACCAGCUACGGGGACAGGCUCAAGCUCCGCUACGUGGCCGUGGGGAACGAGCCCUUCCUCAAGAGCUACAACGGCAGCUUCAUGGAGAACACCGUGCCGGCGCUCAAGAACAUCCAGAAGGCGCUGGACGAGGCCGGGAUCGGCGACAAGGUCAAGGCCACCGUCCCUCUCAACGCCGACGUCUACGUCGGCGACAAGCCGUCCGAGGGCAAGUUCCGGCCCGACAUCGACGGCGUCAUGACCGACAUGGUCAAGUUCAUGCACGACCACGGCGCGCCCUUCGUCGUCAACAUCUACCCGUUCCUCAGCCUCUACCAGAGCGACGACUUCCCCUUCGAGUUCGCCUUCUUCGACGGCGGCCGCAGCAUCCAGGACAACGGCGGCGUCAGCUACUCCAACGUGUUCGACGCCAACUACGACACGCUCGUCAGCGCGCUCAAGAAGGCCGGCGUGCCCAGCCUCAAGGUCGUCGUCGGCGAGAUCGGCUGGCCCACCGACGGCAACAAGAACGCCAACGCCAAGCUCGCGCGCCGCUUCUACGACGGCCUCCUCAAGAAGCUGGCCAAGAACGAGGGCACCCACCUCCGGCCGGGCAAGCUGGACGUCUACCUCUUCGGCCUCUUCGACGAGGACAUGAAGAGCAUCGCGCCGGGCAACUUCGAGCGCCACUGGGGCAUCCUCACCUACGACGGCAAGCCCAAGUUCAGCAUGGACCUGUCGGGGCAAGGGAACGACAGGCGGCUCGCCGCCGUGUCCGGCGUGGAGUAUCUGCCCAAGCAGUGGUGCGUGUUCGACGACGAAGCCGCAAAGGACGAGGACAUGGACAAGCUGGGGGGGAACAUCCAGUACGCCUGCGCCAGCGGCGACUGCACGGCGCUGGGCUACGGCUGCUCCUGCAACGGCCUCGACGAGAUGAGCAACAUCUCCUACGCCUUCAACAUGUACUUCCAGAUGCAGGACCAGGACGUGCGCGCCUGCGACUUCGACGGCCUCGCCAAGAUCUCCGACAAGAACGCCUCCACCAAGACCUGCCUGUUCCCGGUGCAGAUCAUCAGCGCCGCCACCGUCCCGGCACGCCCAUCGUCGCUGCUGCUGCUCGCCUUGUUGCUCGCGCAUGCCCUGGUGAUGACGACGGGUUUUAUCAUCAUGUAGUAGCUAGCUAGCUAGCUAGAGGGCGGUCAAACAUCGGAGCGGAGCGGGGGAGCAACGGAUCCGAUCAUUCAUUUUGCUUGAUUACGUACUGUCAUCGAUCACUUUUUCUUAGAAAACAUAUACGAGUACCAUAAACAUACGGUUUUGCUAUUUAACAGUCAAGUGCUUUUCAAUUCAUCAUCAUUCAAAUUUC